AUGUUUUAUAUAGGAUUAUAUUUUGUCAACGGAUAAUUAUUUAUAUAUUUAUCUGUUAAUGGAAUUGUCUGCUAAUAAAUCUCUAAACAAAGAGAAUAAGAACCCUGUAUUAGUGCUCACCCANUUAAUCUAUCUUAUAUAUCAGCUGGGAGAGCAAUCAUCAUUACCUACUUGACACCAAGUAAAUUCAUUUCAUUAUUUUAGUAUUUAUAUCUCCAUUUAUUGGAUAUAUAGUUGAUAAGGUAGGUUAUAGAAGAAGAUGGAUGAUAUUGACAUCUUUACUCUUUAUUAUUUCCCAUUUAUUAUUUGCAAUAAUACCAACUCCUGAAGAUGGAUCACCAUAAUUUGCAGCUGUAGUUCCUUUGUUCUUAUUAGGAGUUAGUUAUGCAUUCUAUUCUUGUGUUAUGAUUCCUUGUGUUUAAUAUCUUGUUGAUUAAAGAAUCAUGGGUACUGCAUUUGGUUUGAUGGGUCUAUUUGAAAGUAUAGGAGCUUGCAUUUUCCCUUUAGUAUCUUCUUAAAUAUAUAACACUAAUGGUGAUUAUAGGUAAGUUGGAUUCUUUUAUAUGGGAAUUGGUUGUGUUAAUUUAAUCUUUGUAUUAACAUUAUAUUUUGUUGAUAAGAAAGGGAGUGAAGUACUGGAUAAAAUUAAUCCUUUAGAAGGGAAUAGUGAUAAGGAUUCAUCAUCAACUUCUGAUGAUUCUGUUGCUUCAGAUUUAACAGAUGAAGAUGAAAGAGAGUAUAUAGAGAUGAAAUCCAAUAUCAAUUCGUUAAAGUUACAACCAUUAGAAACUAACAGUGACACAAAAAGCGAACCAGGUGAUAUUAAGAUGUAGAGAUCUCUUAGCUUCGAAUAUUCAAUGCAAAUUACAAAAUUAGAUAAUUGA